AUGCAUCCUGAGCAACAGCGACUAAUCCAUCACAGCCGAGGGCCUCUGCUUCUCAAGUUUGCCCUAUUGCACCGUAGAGGCUACAGUACUCAGCUAACGAUACCUAAUGUGAGCUUCACAUUGGACACCUUUACCGAUGCCGACUACCUCCCCAAGUUCCGCUUUUCCAUGUCCACCCUGCAAUCCCUUGUCACUUUCCUUCGUAUCCCACCACGCGUCGUUACCCCAGAACGAACCACUUGCAGUGGUGUCGAGGCUCUCUGUAUCCUGCUCCGCCGUUUUGCAGUCCCCGAUCGAUGGUCCGACCUUAUCACUAUCUUUGGCAACAUAUUUCUGCACGUGCUCGACCACAUUUACUCCAACUUUGCCGAAAUCAUCUUUCUGGACCGCAAACGUAUCAGCCUCAAAUUACACGAGUUCAGCCAAGCGGUCGUAGCAAAAGGAGCCGAAGUUCACAACGUAUGGGACGUGUACAAUCGACACAAACGACGUCAUGCCGUCAAAUACCAGACCCUGGUGGCCCCCGAUGGAAUCAUUGCCCAUGCAUUUGGGCUAAUCGAAGGUCGUCGGCCCGACCUGACAAUACUGCGCCAUACUUGGAAAAUGAUAUUGCUGGGGAUGCUCGGUUUCAAGGAUUAG